AAAUGCUGAUUCCUAGUUGGCAUUAAUGCGCAGCACAACGCAACGCUUAUUCCUUUAAACACCACACUGCCCUUGAUAUUCUUCUGAACUUCCUCUUUGCCGUCAGCUGUGUAUGUAAGUGCCUUGCGUGAAAGUUCACUCCAUCUCAAGUGAAUUUUGUGUUAACACGUUGCGUUGAAAUGCUACUUAACGCUUUGUCGAGUCGGAUAAAGCUCAUUUCAGGAUGUUCGUUGGCGUUUACCGCCGCCCGGAUGUAUUCUGCUGGCCCGGCAGCCACUAAUCCGGUUGUCUACUUUGACAUUGCUGCAGACAACCAGUCCCUCGGGAGAGUAACCUUCGAGCUGAAUGCUGAUGUGGUACCAAAAACAGCAGAGAACUUCAGAGUCCUGUGCACAGGAGAAAAGGGCUUUGGCUACAAAGGGUCCGUCUUCCACAGAGUCAUCCCUCAGUUCAUGUGCCAGGGAGGAGACUUUACUAAUCACAAUGGAACCGGAGGGAAAUCGAUCUAUGGAACCAAAUUCGAAGAUGAGAACUUCAAGCUGAAGCACACAGGACCUGGCAUUUUGUCAAUGGCCAACGCUGGGCCCAACACCAACGGCUCUCAGUUCUUCAUCUGCACCGACAAGACAGAGUGGUUGGAUGGCAAGCAUGUUGUGUUUGGCAGUGUGACCGAGGGACUGGAUGUGAUCAGGAAAGUGGAGGCGUUCGGAUCCCGUUCUGGGCGUACAGCCAAGAGGAUCACCAUCGCAGACUGCGGAGAGCUUAAGUAGUGUGUGUGUAUAUAGUGCGCACCUUUUUGACCCAGAGCCUAAAUAGUGCACUAUAGAGGGGAGCUGGUAUGGAGUAGGUGUGAUGGGUUCUUAACCCUCAGCUACUCUGAUAUCAAUGUGAAAUAAUCUACAGUGGAUCUACUGUUUACAAUACAGACUGGAACAUGGGCUGUGUUUUACACAGGCAGUCCAAUUUUUAUUGGUAAAAGAUCGGAGCUCAUUGAUCAAAAAAAAUAGCAAUUAUUAGCAAAUUGAUCCGAAUAGGACUGCGUCUUUAAACCCAUCAAUUGUGUCUGUAUGGCAUGUUGACAAGUGUUUGUUUUUUCAGGGAUAUUAUGUCAAACACUGUUUUAGUGGGGGAAAAGGGAAAGUUUGACCUUAUUCUGUGGUUGUUCUUUUUGAUAAAGUUUUCAACUACCCACUUACUGGGCCAGUGCUAAGCCAUCUCAUUCAAUGUGAACGUAUCCAAUAAACAAGUUGAUGCCUGUG